AUGGGCCAGAGCAUUGAGUGUCCGAAUGAGGCCUGGAAACAACAUAAGAUACUCACAAUCGCUGUGGACAUUGGUGGAUCACUUGCGAAGCUUGUGUUUUUCGCAAGAGGCGCUGGGAAACUGGUGUUUCAAACGAUAGAAACAGAAAAGAUAUCAGAGUUCAUGCUAAUGAUGCAUGAGAUUAUCAACACACAGGAGAAUGGGAGCCAGUCCAACGUCAGGAUCGUGGCAACGGGCGGCGGAGCCUACAAAUUUCACGACCUGCUUUGCCAAGAAUUCCCGGAUGUGGUCGAGAUAGCCAGGCUAGAUGAGAUGGAGUGUCUCAUCAAGGGCCUCGACUAUUUUAUUCACGAAGUGCCAGAAGAGGUCUUCACCUACAACGACCUCGAUGGUGAACACGCAGUGGUCCCAGAACAUGCCAAAGUGUAUCCAUACAUGCUAGUGAACAUCGGAUCUGGUGUAUCCAUUGUGAAGGUAGAUGCUCCUGCUCAGUACACACGAGUCGGAGGCUCGUCGCUUGGCGGUGGUACCCUCUGGGGCCUGCUUUCGCUAAUUACUGGGGCACAAACCUAUGACGAAAUGCUGAGCUGGGCACAAGGUGGGGAUAACACUCAAGUUGACAUGCUGGUAGGCGACAUCUAUGGAGUGGACUAUGGGAAAAUAGGGCUCAAGUCUACUCAUAUUGCAAGCUCGUUUGGCAAAGUAUUCCAGCGUGGGACGGUCAAGGACUCAACCACGCCAGAUACCAUGAGCAGCGCGGAGACCAGCACAAAAGGCAUCCAGUCACGUAAGCGCAAAUUCAACAAUGCUGACAUUUCGAAGAGCUUGUUGUACGCCAUUUCUAAUAACAUUGGUCAAAUUGCAUUACUUCAGGCCAAACUGCAUAAUGUACCCAACAUAUACUUUGGUGGUUCUUACAUUCGCGGCCACCUAAUGACGAUGAAUACGCUCAGCUACGCUAUAAAUUUUUGGUCCAGCAGCCAGAAACAGGCGUUUUUUCUGAAACACGAAGGACAUUUGGGCGCGAUGGGAGCAUUCUUGACGUUCCAGAGCUGA